AUGGCUGAAACUAUUGCUACUGAACUCGUCAAAGUCCUUUUCCAGAAGCUGUCUGAUGAAGCCUUCAAGCGAAUUGCUCGCGCUCAGGGAAUUCACAACGAGCUCAAGGAGUUGAAGACCACACUGUCCAGGAUCCAAGAUCUGCUUAAUGAUGCUUCCCAGAAGGAGGUGACUCAUAAAUCUGUCAAAUCAUGGCUGAAUGCUCUCCAACAUCUGGCUUACGAUAUCGAUGACGUACUCGACGAUUUGGCUACCGAAGACAUGCAUCGUGAGCUGACCCUGGAAUCAAGAGCAAUCAUCUGCAGCAAGGUAAGAAAGCUCAUCCCAUCAUGCUGCACAAAUUUCUCACUAACUCAUAGGCUGUCUCCCAAGUUAGAUAGUAUUAACAGAGAGUUAGAAAAUCUAGAAAAACAAAAAACGGAUCUAGGUUUGCUUAAGAUAGAUGAAAAGCCAAGAAAUACUAGUAGAAGAAGCGAAACCUCUUUGCCAGAACGCCAUGUUGUCGGAAGAGAAGUUGAGAAAGAGCAAUUGCUUAAAAAGUUGUUGGGGGAUGAUGGGUCGUCUCAGGAUAACUUUAGCGUCUUACCUAUAGUUGGUAUGGGUGGGGUUGGAAAAACCACUCUAGCUAGACUUUUGUAUAACGAUACAAAGGUGCAGCGUCACUUUGAACCCAAGGCAUGGGUUUGUGUUUCAGAUGAUUUUGAUAUUUUCAAGAUAAGUGAUACUAUACUUCAAGAUGUGACUAAAGAAAACAAGAAAUUUAAAGAUCUAAAUCAGCUUCAAAAGGCUCUCACUGAGCAAUUUAAGGACAAACGAUUUCUACUAGUAGUUGAUGACGUGUGGAGUGAAAACUAUGGUGAUUGGGAAAACCUAGUGCGCCCAUUUCUAUCAUGUGCUCCUGGAAGUAGGAUAAUCAUGACAACUCGUAAGGAGCAUUUGCUCAAACAGAUAGGUUUUCAUAACGUAGACCGUCUCAAGAGUUUGUCGAAUGAAGAUGCAUUGCGUUUAUUUGCAGUACAUGCAUUGGGGGUAGAUAACUUCGACUCACACACGACACUUAAACCGCAAGGUGAAGGUAUUGUGAAAAAGUGUGGUCGUUUGCCUUUGGCUUUAAAGGCAAUUGGAAGGCUUUUAAGGACAAAAACAGAUAGAGAAGACUGGGAUGACGUGUUGAAUAGCGAGAUAUGGGAUGUAGAAAUUGGUAAUGCCACUGAAAAUGGUAAAGAUGUGGAAAAUAGUGAUAAGAUUGUUCCGGCACUUAGGAUAAGCUACCAUGAACUUUCUGCAGAUUUGAAGCAGUUGUUUGCAUACUGUUCCUUGUUCCCCAAAGACUUUUUGUUUGACAAGGAGGAGUUGGUAUCAUUGUGGAUGGCAGAAGGGUUUUUGAACCCAUCCAAGUCACCAGAACGCUUGGGCCGUGAAUAUUUUGAAAUUUUAUUAUCAAGGUCAUUUUUCCAACAUGCACCUAAUGAUGAAUCAUUGUUUAUCAUGCAUGAUCUCAUGAAUGACUUGGCCACUUUUGUUGCCGGAGAAUUUUUUCUAAGGUUUGACAAUCAUAUGAAGACAAAGACAGAAGCUUUGGCAAAGUAUCGCCAUAUGUCAUUUACUCGUGAGGAGUAUGUAGGUUACCAAAAGUUUGAGGCAUUCAAAGGAGCCAAAAGCUUGAGAACAUUUUUAGCAGUAUCUCUCGGUGUGGAUAAAGAUUGGGGCUAUUUUUACUUAUCCUCUAAGAUUUUGGAUGACUUACUUCCAGAGUUAACAUUGUUAAGGGUCCUUUCUUUGAGUCGUUUUCAGAUAAGUGAGGUACCGGAGUUCAUUGAUACUUUGAAACACUUGCGGUAUCUUAACUUAUCCCGAACAAAUAUAAAAGAGUUACCGGAGAAUGUUGGCAACCUUUAUAAUCUACAGACAUUGAUUGUUACUAAGUGUCGGUGGUUAACUAAGCUGCCUAAAAGCUUCUUAAAUCUUAAAAGGUUACGACAUUUUGACAUAAUAGAUACUCCGUUGGAGAAGUUGCCAUUGGGGAUUGGUGAGUUGGGAAGCCUUCAGACUCUCACCAGGAUCAUCAUUGAAGGAGAUGAUGGCUUUGCAAUAAAUGAGCUCAAGGGAUUAACAAAUCUCCAUGGGGAAGUUUCCCUUGAGGGAUUGCACAAAGUGCAAAGCGCAAAGCAUGCACGGGAGGCGAACUUAUCUCUAAAAAAGAUUACUGGAUUAGAGCUGCAAUGGGUCAAUGAAUUUGAUGGCUCACGAAUGGAUGCACUUGAAGAGGAAGUUCUCAAUGAGCUGAAACCUAAUAGUGAUACGUUGAAAACGCUUUCAGUCGUGUCAUACGGGGGAACACAAAUUUCAAAUUGGGUUGGUGAUCGCUCUUUUCAUGAGUUGGUUAAUGUGUCAAUACGUGGUUGUAGAAAAUGCACAUCUCUACCCCCAUUUGGGUUGCUCCCUUCACUUAAGAGGCUGCAGAUUCAAGGCAUGGAAGAGGUUAAAAUCAUAGGUUUGGAGUUAACCGGAAAUGAUGUUAACGCCUUCUGUUCACUUGAAGUUCUAAGAUUUGAAGAUAUGUCUGGAUGGGAGGGGUGGUCAACUAUAAAUGAGGGUUCAGCAGCCAUGUUUCCAUGCCUUAAAGAGCUUUCUAUAAUCAAUUGUCCACAAUUGAUUAAUGUCUCACUUCAAGCACUGCCUUCACUCAAGGUUAUUGAAAUUGACAGAUGUGGUGAUGGUGUGUUGAGAUGUCUGGUUCAGGUAGCUUCAUCAGUCACUAAAUUGAAAAUAAGUUAUGUAUCAGGGCUUACAUAUGAGGUGUGGAGAGGAGUUAUAAGGUAUCUUAAGGAAGUUGAAGAAUUAAGUAUCAGGGGAUGUAAUGAAAUAAAAUACUUGUGGGAAUCAGAAACAGAGGCAAGUAAGCUUCUUGUGAGAUUAAAGGAAUUGAGGUUAGGGGAAUGUUCAGGUUUGGUAAGUUUAGAGGAGAAAGAGGAGGAUGACAAUUUUGGGAGCAGCACCCUGUUAUCUCUUAGAAGUUUGCAUGUAUACUCUUGUAGUAGCAUAAAGCGUUUAUGCUGUCCAAAUAGCAUCGAGAGUUUGGAUAUUGUUGGUUGUUCAGUUAUUACAGAUGUCCUCCUCCCAAAAGGAGGAGGGAAUAAGCUCAAAUCACUUCGUAUAGACAAUUGUGAUAAACUUGAGGGAAAAAUCAACAACACAAGCAUGCCAAUGCUUGAAACCCUAAAUAUUGAUAAAUGGGAAAAUCUAAGAUCAAUCAGUGAAUUGAGUAACUCCACUCACCUCACCAGCCUGGGUAUAUAUGAUUGUCCACAUAUUGUGUCACUUCCAGAGCUUCAGUUAUCAAACCUCACCCGUUUGUCAAUUAGUGAAUGUGAAAGUCUGGAGUCAUUACCUGAGCUAUCAAACCUCACCAGUUUGUCAAUUUGGACAUGUGAAAGUCUGGAGUCAUUACCUGAACUAUCAAAUCUCACCUUUUUGUCAAUUAGUGAUUGUAAACGUCUGGUGUCAUUACCUGAGCUAAAGAAUCUCGCCUUGUUAAAAGAUCUGAAAAUCAGAAGGUGUCCAGGUAUUGAUGUUUCCAUUCAUGGUGGGCGUUGGCCUCCCAAAUUGUGUUCCCUUGAACUAGAAGGGUUGAAGAAGCCCAUAUCAGAGUGGGGGGAUCUGAAUUUUCCAACUUCCCUUGUUGACCUAACGUUAUAUGGUGAACCCCAUGUGAGUGAUUUUAGUCAAUUGUCCAACCUUUCCCCUUCUUCUCUUACAUCUCUGGACAUAACUGGAUUUGAUAAACUGGAAUCACUAUCAAAAGGACUCCAACACCUCACAUCCCUUCAACAUCUGGCCAUUUUCAGCUGCCCAAAGGUGAACGAUCUACCAGAGACGCUGUUACCUUCACUUUUGAGUUUGAGAAUAUAUGAUGAUUGCCCAAAAUUGAAAGAAAGUCACUGAAAACAGAUUUCCUGUCGUGAAUACCAAAUCACCGACAUCGUACCACCAUCUUCACACAUCAUAUCGGAUUUAUAAAGCCACCACAGCUUUUCCGGCGACCCGUCAGUUAAAGAAAGAAGAAAAUCUAUCAAGGUUUCUUCAAAUCAACAAAACAGAUCCAAGAUACAUCAGAAUUGCUGGAAAGGGCACUACGUCUACUGCGUUAACUUGGUUCACUUACAUGCUUCAAACAUCCUGAGAUUCAAGAUAAGGUUGCAACCGAAAUCAAAGAGACAACAAAAAUGAGAAACAAUGCCACAAAUGUUGUAGAAUUUGCAAACGCCGUGAGUGAAGAAAGCCUAGAAAAAAAUGCAAAAUCUUCAUGCAGAUUUCAACGGAACUAUCAAGACUAUCAUGCAGUUCCAGUGGUGGAAAUAACACCAUCAGAUGCCAUAUUUAUGUAUGCUUUCCAGUGUGAUGAUGUAUCUGUUGGUUAUGAGGUGAAGACAGGAGAUACCGUACCAUAUCUGCCACACACAAGGGUUAAGUUUGAUGAGUUUGUACCAGAAGAUGGUUUCUCUUUUCAUCACAUUGUGGCUUUCAUCCAGAAAGCUCCUUUAAGUUUACAGCUUUGCAGAAACACAAGCGAGACAAAGAAUUUGUUUGGCUCAAGAAUUUGCGUGUGUGCAGAGGAAGAUCUUUGCUUCUAUUUAGUUAAGUUCUUUCAUUUUCAAGCUGAUUAAAAACAAAAGUGCAAAGUACAGAAUGAUGCUUAAUCUUCACAUUGAUGGUGAUACAGAGUUGAUCCAUGAUCUAGCAUACUCGUAUUUGGUGCGACUAAACACACGGAAGUGGACUGGAAAAUGGUUCAAGCUAAAAACGGCAUAACUUUCAUUACGUUUGAAGUUAUACGGGGAUAAGUAAUGGACAUAAACGUCUCAACAAGCCACACGCUUGGACAAAUGCUAUAGGCAGGUUUUCCCCGACUCUCGGCACCCAAUUUCGACAUCUAGAGCUCCAAUUUUGAAGUCAAGGCUGUUAAUUUCAAGGAACCCUUGGAGCGGUUACAAGUUGCGUCUAGUGGCACUUGUCGUUCAUGGUCCAAGUUACAUACCUUUUAUUGGAACUUAUAACCAAUGAAGAAUUAAUGGAAUUUUGCCUCUAAUGGCGAGUUACCACUAAUGAGGAUUAUGGAACUAGCCUAUGAUGUCAAGUUACCAUCUGAUGAAGAUUAAAGGAACUUACCACUGAAACAAGUUACCUCUAGUGAAGAUCGAUGAAGUCUCGCUAAUGAAGAAGAGAUGCCACGUGUUAGCCUAUCAUUUGGCGAAGACAAUCGGUUGAGAGGAUGUUAUACAUAAUUGUCACUUGUCAAUUUCGUACAUCUCAACAAGAUAACAAAAACAUGAGUCCGCAUUGAAUUUAUUAUCACUCGACCCCAUAGCUUAUUGUAUCAAGUAGUUGAGAGUGAAUUUGGUGCAUGAACUUAUGUGUGCAAACUUCAGAGGAAAUUUGCAAGUCACAGAACCUUGCAUAGCUAGGAAAUCGCCUUGAAUUUCAAUUGUGAUUUGUGACUAGCUUUACAUUAUGUAUUGAAACAUUCGAUUUUAAUUA